CCUACAAAGUACUUUCCCUCGAUGUGUAAUACUUCUACCUUAUCCAUUUUUUCUGCUUCUAAAACAUAUCUCCAUUGACUCAUCGUGUCAAAUAAUCUACGUCUAAAAUAAUGUACAAAUACUACAAAGAAACAUAUAUAUCUGCUGAUGCAUACAGAUUUGAUAACGAUAACAUAGAUAAAUAAUAAUGUAUAAAUAAAUAUCUGCCAAGUUGUUCGACCAUAGAUCUCUAGUAUACGUUUGCGUGCAGUUUGGGCAUAGUUCUUGCUCUGGCAAUGGCGGAAACAUCGUACAACGGAAGUCCGAGGAACAACAUGUUACAUGAUGAUUAUUGGGACGAGCAUUUCAUGACUGUAGCGGCUCUAUCCAUGACAUGCACAAAUGGGGACCCUAAGGUCGGUGCAUGUGUUGUUGAUGACAAUAGGAGAAUCGUUAGCAUUGGAUAUAAUGAGAUGUCCAGAGGAUGCAGCGACGAUGAGUUUCCUUGGAACCCAAAUCCGAUAAACCCUUGGGAUUAUAGAGGUUUUUAUGAAUAUUCGUCAAUUUUAGUCUGUCACGCGGAGCUUACUGCAAUAAUCGACGCGAUGAGAACUUCGAUCGAUCUUAACAAGUGCACGAUAUAUACUACUUUGUUCCCGUGCAACGAAUGCGCGAAACUGAUAAUACGAUCCGGCAUAAGAAGAGUGAUAUAUGCAACCGCUAAAUACCCGGAAACCCGAACAGAAAGUAUGAGAAGAAUAUUCAACGCUGCUGGUGUGACAUUUAGGCAAUAUAAACUAAAGAGAUCACAAAUAUUUGUUAAUUUACCAACUCAUCAAUAGAGAUAGUCUAGUCUUCACAGAUUCUAUGAAUGAAGUAAAAAGCUCACAAAGGAGAAGAUAAAAACGGACACUUAAAUAUAUAAUAAUCCUGCAUAAUUCUGAUUACAUGGUGAAUAGUGACUAGAGCUGAAUUAUUCUGUUAUUUAUUAUUAUGUAUAUGUAAUAUGUGAUUUAAAUCAGGUUAUUUUAGCGCCAAAUGAAUAGUUUUAUAUUUGUUAAAAGUUAAGCAUGUAGAAUUAUAUAAAAAAAGCUAUAUUAAAAAACUUAAAAAGCCA